AUGUGCAAUUUUAAUCCGAAAAUACCGGAAUUGGCGCAUCCAAGUAAAUUACAGCCCAGGACAAAUGAUAAACCUAAAAUUGCUCUUUCCAAAUUUCUAGGACUUUCGAUAUUUCUACCGAGAAAAUUAGUUUGGGACUGUACCGUGUCGGCAAAAAUUGCAUCAUAG